CAUCCCUCCCUUGAUUCACCAUUUUGUGCAAACGACUCCCUUGAGGGCUUUCAGACACGGCAAAACGAGUAUAGCCUUCAUCAAGGCAGUGGGGAGGAAUCAGUGAUCCCCAAUUCCUCGAGAGGCCACCCAUCCAUGCCUUCUCAAAUCUCACUCGGCUCUUCACGGUGGCCAUGCGAUUCCCCGAUCUCACCGUGCUAGCACUCGUCCUCCUUGUCCUCCCUCGAUAUGCCCUCACUUCGACCGUCUCGUCAACCUCCAGCCCUGCUCCCACCUGCCCAUAUCGGACGAUCAACUAUAUCACUCACAGCCUCCCGCAACAAUGUCUGACGUCGACGAGAAAGGUCAAUACUUCGCCUGAAACUGGUGGGCCAACGACAACAGGCUCUGCCACUUCGGGUCCUCCAUUAUCGACCUCCACGCCUCCUACAAACGAGACAACAGUAGAAUCACCCACACCUGCAACUUCAUCCCUGUCUACCACGACCACGACCACGACCACCCAGUCUACUGCUGCCAGCACACAAGUUCCCAGUCCAGAAGGAGAAGAUGUGUCCCCCUUGGAGGAGGGUAAAUUUCUUUCAUUUGAGGAUUGGAAGAGAGAAAAUUUGAAGAAAUCAGGCCAGUCAGAUCAGAUAGGCCAUCGUCCAGCCGCUGAACCGUCUGAGCCCCGGAAACGUUCCUCCAUUGAUCAGGGCUCGCUAGAUUCCCUCGGUGACGAUGCCGAGAUCGAUCUAGAUUUCUCUGGCUUCGUGUCCGAUGGACUAGACACCAUCAACCAGCCAAAGCCUCGUCCCCCACAACCUGCAUCAGAUUCUCCAACGGUUCUCGAGCCCGACCGUGGGCCAAGAGCAGGUUUACGCAGUAAGGAUGCGGGCAAGACCUGCAAAGAACGCUCCAAUUAUGCUUCGUUCGACUGCGGGGCCGAUGUGAUCAAGUACAACCCCGAAGCAAAGAGUGCCCUAGCAAUUCUGGGCAAGAAUAAGGAUGCCUAUAUGUUGAACGAAUGCUCCGCCCAAAACAAAUAUGUCAUUCUCGAACUCUGCAACCACAUCGCCAUCGACACUAUCGUCGUCGCAAAUUUUGAGUUCUUCAGUUCCAUCUUCCGCACUUUCAGAGUCACUGUCUCCGACAAAUAUCCUGUCAAGGCUGACAAGUGGAAAUCCAUAGGCACUUUCGAGGCUCGCAAUACCCGUGAGGUCCAAGCAUUCUUGGUUGAGAACCCUGUGAUUUGGGCUCGAUACGUUCGUAUCGAGUUUCUCACCCAUUAUGGCAACGAGUACUAUUGUCCCGUCAGUCUAGUUAGGAUUCACGGCACUACUAUGCUUGAAGAGUAUAACCACGAUCUCGAGUCGCUCCAGACAGACUAUGAGUUGGAAUCUGAAGUCCCCCACUCUUCAGAUGUUUCAGAUGUUUCAUCGGCAAUCUCGGCAACUUCGGCAACUUCGGUCGAGUCCACGUCUACCAGUUCAGAUUCGUCUGUAAACCUGCCCGUCAAGGACCAAAUGAGUGAUAUGAAGCAGGAGAAUGCCACAACCACCGAACUGGAUUCAACAUCAUCUCAGGUCACAGAAGCGACGACCUCGUCACUUUCCGAGACCACCAGUCCGGACACUUCUAAUUCUCAGCGUAACUCCUCCCAAGUCACGAAUGCCGAAAAUCGGACAUCGUCCACAAACGACUGCACCAGCGAAAGAAAUAUGUCAUACACAGCAGAGCACUCGGUCAAUCUCGACCAGAUGGCCAGCAAUGCCACCAGUUUUACAGCUGCAGCCUCCGCGAAUUCCACUAGCAUCAACUCCACCUCGUCUUCUGCGACUCAAUCACCCUCCACGGGGACCAAGACUGAGCAUCCAGUUGAUAUAGGCUCCAAUGCCACAAGCAUCCAGUCAAACAAUUCGUCAUCAAUCAAAUCCACCUCCACGAGUUCCAGCGUCAAUUCCACCAAAGUUUCAGGAUCAUCAACACAGCCGGCACCAGCAGCUCCAACAAUGCAAGAAUCUUUCUUCAAGUCUGUGCAAAAAAGGCUGCAAAUGCUCGAAUCAAACUCGUCACUGUCUCUUCAAUACAUCGAAGAACAAUCCCGAGCACUUCGAGACGCCUUUCGAAAGGUUGAGCAACGACAGUUGGCCAAGACCACCUCAUUUUUAGACCAACUCAAUGCCACCGUGUUGAAUGAGCUACGCGAAUUCCGCCAGCAGUACGACCAACUCUGGCAAUCCACGGUGAUUGAGCUCGAGAUGCAGCGUGAACGCUAUCAGCAAGAGAACGGGGCCAUCAACGCACGUCUUGGGGUUCUCGCUGAUGAGCUCAUUUUCCAGAAACGAAUGGCAUUCUUACAGAUGAUGUUGAUCUUGACAUGUCUUGGUUUGAUCAUCUUCUCCAAGGGAAAUCUCAACAGCUAUUUGGAGUUGCCUCUAGUGCAAAGCGUACUCGCUAGGUCUCCAAGCGCAAAGUGGUCGAAUACACCCAUUACGGGAACCCCCAAUCAUAGUCCUGCGGUGACCAGGAACAACUCCGCACGAAGUACUGAGCGUCAUGGUAUACUGAAGGGUCAUCGACGGGUGGCCUCGGAGGAUUCAACCACGGAUGCCCAAAGUCCAGCUGACUUGUAUUCACCACCAACGCCCGUUAGCUUGGGAGAGACAAGUGAAGAUGACGAUGGUGAUAACGGAAGAGGCCUGGGAAAUGACCAGUUAGGCGAUCCUCAGUUCGAUCCUAGCCUUAUCGAACGGCCUUCGACUAGUCCACCUGAACUUCCAGGCACCGAGACUCCUUCGACUCCGACUGAGGAGCUCGACCUCGGCAACACGUCGAUUGAUUCCAUACUACAGCCAGAUCCCAACAACGCGUAUGUUGCACCGCCACUGGUGACGGUAGAGGCUGCCACACCACCGUCAAAACACCUCAAAUGGCGCCUACCUGAUAGCUAGUCCCUGAGCUAUGAAACACUUGCUCCUCCAAGUAGAAGGACAUUUUGAAAAGCUGUGCAUGGAGUUUGGAGUCGAUGUAAUAUGAGUCAUUGUUUGACUUGGGUCUUGAAUUAUCUAGUUUGCCCAGAAGAAUUAUUAUUAGCUGUAGUCACCUCCCUGACCGAAUAGAAGUGUCUAUACAGCCUGAUUAAUCCAGCCUAUACUUGACAGAAAGCUGAUGCUGAAAUCCACGGAACGACGGAACGGCUGACCUUUGCUUCUCCACCUUUUCAACACCAUUCGGGCACCCAUAAUAACCGAGGUGUACCGAACAAAAAGACGACUACUUCAGUGUUGAAUGUGAACUGUGAACCCCUGUCAUUCAUGGU